AUGGUGUUUUACUUUAAAGUGCGGCCCGAAGCGGGCGACUUCACCAUCUACAUGGGACUCGAUAAGUUUGAGAACGAGCAGCUCAUUAAAUACGGCUUCCCGGAGGACAUAUGGUUCCACGUGGACAAGCUCUCGUCCGCACACGUGUACCUGCGGCUGCGCAAGGGGCAGGGCAUUGAUGACGUCACGCCCGAGAUGCUGGAGGACUGCGCGCAGCUGGUCAAGGCCAACUCCAUCAUGGGCAACAAGCUGAACAACAUCGACGUGGUGUACACUCCCUGGGCCAACCUCCGAAAGGCAGCUUCCAUGGACGUUGGACAGAUUGGGUUCCACAACCCCAAGGCGGUGCGGAGCGUGCGGGUGGAGAAGCGGCUCAACGAGGUGGUGAACCGGCUGAACAAGACCAAGGUGGAGAAGACGCCUGACCUGCAAGCUGAGAAGGAAGCUAGAGAGGCAGAGGACCGAGCAGCAAGGAAGGCAGUCCUGAGAGAACAGCGCGUGUGGGCCCGGCGGGAGUCGCUGGGGGGAAUGGUGCUCGCCGCGUCGUGCUGCGUGCUCGCGCUCAACCUCUCCGCGCAAAGACGCGCGCUGGGGGAAGCGCAGCGAGCGCUGGCGGAAGCCCUUACGGAGUCGCAUCUGCAGGCGGAUCUUCUGGAAGCAGAACGGCGGUCAGCGGAAGCUGCGCGCAGGGCGGAGGCGGAGAUCCGCGGAGAGUUAAGGCGGUUGCGCGCGGAAAUGCGGAGAGAGGUGGGGAAGGCGGGAUGGGGGCUGGCGGAGAGGAUCAGGGCGUUGGCGGGGCAGGAAGAGGAGGAAGGGCAAGCGGGGGAACAAGGCGAGGGGGAACGAGCGGGAGAGGGAGAGGAUGGGGAAGAGCGGAGAGAAGAGGAGGAAAGGGGAGACGGAAAGGUUACGGCAGCAGUGAAUGAAGGGCAGCAGCAGCAGCAGCAGCAGCAUGCAGAGGCGGGAUUGAGUGGGAGGGAGGGAGAAGGUGGAAUAGCGGGCAGUGAGCCUUCAGCAGGCGGCAUGAGUCGCGCGGUGCUAAUCAGCGCGCGAGGCGGCGGCAGCGGCGGCGCGUUCGGCGCGAACCGCAUCGUGGUGCUGUUCACCGUGUCGCUGCUGCUCGUGGCGUCCGCAGCCGCCUCCUUCUUCGCCUUCUGCCCGGCCUCCUCACGCUCUAUUGACGAAACCAAGCAGCACCAGCGGCAUCUGCAGCAGGAGCAGCAGGAGGGGGUGGUUGGCAACUUCAACGCAAGUCAACCGAGUCAACAGGGGCAACAGCAGGUCAACGGCGCCAGUGAAGGGACAAGAGGAGAGGCAGGAGAUGGAUCAGGGGGAGGAGCAGCAGGAGGAGCAGCUGCACGGCCGGGCGACCAGGAGGAAAUGGAUGAGAAUCAGCCACCAGAGACUUCGGGGAAAUGUCCUCCAUCUGAAACCAUAGUCAAGCACAGUCUCUGGCAUGCCAGUGGCCGUUACUUCCACAGUAUGGGAGUCUUCCCCCUCUGCUCCAUGGAUGCAUGCUUCAGCUACUCGCGCUGCCCCGCAGACCCCUCAAAGGAGCCGCUAGUCUACUCCUACUGGCCCGGCCAGCAUUACUUUAAGAGGUUCAAUGAGACCCGCUGGCACACGGACGAUCCUGCCAAGGCGUGUUUCUUCUUUGUGCAUAUGGCGAGAGGGCAACCGAAUGAGUUCACGGAUUUGGAGCACUGGGGGGAGAACGGCGCUAACCACGUGCUUAUAAGUUUCUCAGACUCUUGGAGCGGUCCAUCCCCUUUUGGAGUCUCCUCGGCAAUGGUUAUGGUCACCAACGCACAGGCCACGCUUAUGAGAACAGAUUUCGACACCUCCAUCCCGCUGCCCCAAAUGUGGAAAAACCCGCCCGUUGAGCUCCGGAACCUGCCCGCCGGAUCUGCCCGGAAAUAUUUCCUGACGUUCCGAGGCACGCGUUACCUGGGGAAUUUGAAGGGUAAUUUCCGGAGUGCCCCGGAGUUUAAGGCGUUGCACAACGGCAAGGAUGUGGUUGUGCUGACAAGAUGCGGGGGAUCUACCAAUGCCCGCAUUCUCGCGGAGGAACCUUCCUUAAAGCCGGAGUGCGACGAGGAUGCCAAGCUCUACACUCAGUACGACUUUGCUGACGUCAUGAACACCACCUUCACCCUUGCUCCGGCCGGCCGACAAGGGUCCACCUACAGGUUCCUGGAGGCGCUAACAGUGGGAGCGAUCCCCGUGGUGGUGGCGGAUAACUGGCGAUUACCAUUUGAUGACAUCAUCUCAUGGCAUCACUGCCUGCUGCGCUUCCCCACCGACCAGAUGCACCGAAUCCUGCCCACCCUCCGAGCCAUGGAUGAGGUGUGUGAUGAUGGGCCGAAAGCGGCAGUUACAGCCGCAGACGGAGCUGCGAAGAGCCCGCUACGCGCCGAUGACGACACGUGGAAGCAGCGCGCCUCGACCGACAAGGACCACGCCGAUCUCUCCGGCGGCAGCGACGGCGACGCCGCAGACGGCGCUGGGCUGGCCGCUGGCUCGGCAGCUGCCGGCGCGGCCGGCACGGCAGGAGGGGGCGAGGCCGGCGCGGGUGAUGGCUAUGAGGAGGAAAUGACGGGACUGGUCCUUCGCAACGAGGAGUUUGAGGAUGGCAACACGGGCGGCAGCGGCAGCGGUGGCGUGCGAUGCCUGCACGAAGUUGCGUACCCCAAGGGCUGGAAGCUUCCUACCAGCAAGGAAGCUGCGCGGAAACCGUUGCCGGAGAAGCCCGCCAAGGAGUACCCGUUUAAGCUGGACCCGUUUCAGGAAGAGGCCGUGCGGUGCUUGGAAGCCAACGAAUCCGUUCUGGUGUCAGCGCACACAUCAGCCGGAAAAACAGUGGUAGCGGAAUACGCCAUAGCCAUGGCGAUGCGGGACAACCAGCGGGUCGUGUACACGUCGCCCAUCAAGGCGCUGAGCAACCAGAAGUUCCGGGAGAUGAGUCAGGAGUUUGGGGACGUGGGGCUCAUGACUGGGGAUGUCACCAUCGCCCCCAACGCCACCUGCCUGGUUAUGACGACCGAAAUUCUCCGCAGCAUGCUGUAUCGGGGAUCCGAUUUCGUGCGGGAGGUGGGGUGGAUCAUAUUCGACGAGGUGCAUUACCUGAGGGACAAGGAGCGAGGGGUGGUGUGGGAGGAGAGUAUCGUCAUGGCUCCCAAGUCGUCCCGCUUCGUCUUCCUCUCCGCUACCGUGCCCAAUGCAAGGGAAUUCGCUGAGUGGGUGGCAAAGGUGCACCAACAACCGUGCCACAUCGUGUACACGGACUACCGCCCCACGCCCCUGCAGCACUACAUCUUCCCCGCAGGCGGCAUGGGCCUAUUCCUAGCCGUCGACGAGAAGGGCAAGUUCCGCGAAGCUUCCUUCCAGAAGGCGAUGAACGCAGUGGAAGGGGGAGAAGGGGGCGGCAAGGGGGAGGACGGGGAGGACGGGGAGGACGGGGGGAAGAAAGGGGGGAAGUGGGGGAAGGGGAAGCGGGGGGCGGGUGGGGGCGGUCCGGGGGGAGCCGGGGGAGGGGGAGGGGGGAAGAAGGGGGAGGAGAGUGAUAUAUACAAGAUUGUGAAGAUGAUAAUGCAGAGGCAGUAUGACCCAGUGAUUGUGUUCUCGUUCAGUCGGGCGGACUGUGAGGCGCUGGCGCUGCAGAUGUCACGCAUGGACUUGAACGACGAUGAUGAGAAGACGCUGAUCGAUGGGAUCUUUAGGAAUGCGAUUGACAGCCUGGCAGAAGAGGACAAGAAGCUGCCCCAGGUGGGUGGGUACCUGAGAGCGUGCCUCAAGGGACGUGAACAGCAUGCUGCCGCUGCUGCGGAGGGGCAUUGGCAUCUACCACUCGGGGCUGCUGCCGCAUUUGACUCUCCAUGA